ACACCCCCCCCCCCACACACACACACACACACACAGCAUUUUAUUGGUUUGGUCAUAUGCUCAUUGCUAUUUGUUUUGUUUUAUUUAUCAUUUUUGAUAUCUACUGUAUGUUCACCAUGCCCAUUUUGUAUUUCUUGUAAAUUCUUUGGUCUGAAUCGAGGUCUGAAUCAAAUUCAAAGUGAGUGAUUAAAUUGAUUAUGCUGACAGUAUUGAGUGUGUAUGUGUAUCCAUAAUAGUGCACUACUUUUGACCAGGGCCCAUAUUGGGCUUUAGUCAAAAGUAGUGCACUAUAUAGGGAAUAGGGUGUUAUUUUAGACAUAAACAGCCACAUACAGUCUGAGUCCUUACACACAGUCACUGUUGAAUUUUCCUGCCUGCCACAUGAUACACACAGUAGGUCCAAUAAAUAUCAUCCAUUCCACAAAGACAAUGGAUGUCCUUUUGUACCAGAGCAAAUGGAACAAUGCUAUACAGGUAUUCAACAUUGGUCAUACAAUGAUGUUGUGCAUUACAAAGCAGCAUUGUGUGCAUGGGCCUUCGGUGUGGGUGUAGUUGGCAGUGAGAGAACUGCCAGUGUGAGAAAGAGCACUGUGUGAAUACGAAUGUGCCAUCGAACUAAGGGACCACUCUUAAUGCUCUGUGUGGAUUUAUCCUACAUGAACUGGCUAAAGUGGGACAUGGUAAUGGUUGCUAAUGAGGGAAGAAGCUAUCAGAGGACUGCAAUGGAAGACAUUUCUAUGGAACUCUCUUCCAUCACAAUGGACCCAGUCUGAGUCUACUGUACAUACUAGUCCAGUUACUGUUACUAAUGGAGCCUUCCCAGAAUCCUCUCUGUUGUAGGGUCCACUUACCGAUAUGCUCUAGGCAUCGAUACGCAGUGGUAUCGAUCUCUUUGGUCAGAAAUUGACAUCUCAAAAGGAACUGACAAUCACAACCUUCAACAAGUGACCUGUUGCAUAGUUACAAACCUCAUCUAGUUACAAAUUUCCUUUAGUUACAACCUCAUCCAUGCUGUGUACGUGAUAGUCCUAAACAAUGGUCUUUAGCUGUGAUAUACCGUCUUACUUUUCUUAAAUACAAGAGGACAAAAUGAACAAAACUGUAUAAAUGUUAAAACCCCCUCAGACUGUCACUCUUUACAUUGGAAUCUUAUUUGUCUGACAAGGACAAGAGAGAUGGACAGUUGCCAUUGGCCACAUAACAAUGUCUUCUGUUUCACGGAUAUACAGUAUUUUGCUUGCAAACAAACCUAUACAGCCCCAUAUAUCCCUAUACAACCCUUUACAUCCCUAUCCAACCCUUUACAUCCCUAUCCAACCCUAUACAUUCCUAUCCAACCCCACACAUCCCUAUCCAACCCCACACAUCCCUAUCCAACCCUAUACAUUCCUAUCCAACCCCACACAUCCCUAUCCAACCCCACACAUCCCUAUCCAACCCUUUACAUCCCUUUCCAAAACCACACAUCCCUAUCCAACCCCACACAUCCCUAUCCAACCCUUUACAUCCCUUUCCAACCCCACACAUCCCUAUCCAACCCCACACAUCCCUAUCCAACCCUAUACAUUCCUAUCCAACCCCACACAUCCCUAUCCAACCCCACACAUCCCUAUCCAACCCUUUACAUCCCUUUCCAAAGCCACACAUCCCUAUCCAAUCCCACACAUCCCUAUCCAACCCUUUACAUCCCUUUCCAACCCCACACAUCCCUAUCCAACCCCACACAUCCCUAUCCAACCCUAUACAUUCCUAUCCAACCCCACACAUCCCUAUCCAACCCCACACAUCCCUAUCCAACCCUAUACAUUCCUAUCCAACCCCACACAUCCCUAUCCAACCCUUUACAUCCCUAUCCAACCCCACACAUCCCUAUCAAACCCCACACAUCCCUAUCCAACCCCACACAUCCCUAUCCAACCCUUUCCAACCCCACACAUCCCUAUCCAACCCCAUACAGCCCUAUCCAACCCCAUACAUCCCUAUUACAACCCCAUUACAUCCCUAUCCAACCCCAUUACAUCCCUAUCCAACCCCAUACAUCCCUAUCCAACCCCACACAUCCCUAUCCAACCCCAUACAUCCCUUUCCAACCCCACACAUCCCUAUCCAACCCCACACAUCCCUAUCCAACCCCACACAUCCCUAUCCAACCCCACACAUCCCUAUCCAACCCCACACAUCCCUAUCCAACCCCAUACAGCCCUAUCCAACCCCAUACAUCCCUAUUACAACCCCAUUACAUCCCUAUCCAACCCCAUACAUCCCUAUUACAACCCCAUUAAUCCCUAUUACAACCCCAUUACAUCCCUAUCCAACCCCAUACAUCCCUAUCCAACCCCAUACAUCCCUAUCCAACCACAUACAUCCCUAUACAACCCCAUACAACCCUAUUACAACCCCAUUACAUCCCUAUCCAACCCCAUUACAUCCCUAUCCAAUCCCAUUACAUCCCUAUCCAACCCCAUACAUCCCUAUCCAACCCCAUACAUCCCUAUUACAACCCCAUUACAUCCCUAUCCAACCCCAUUACAUCCCUAUCCAACCCCAUACAUCCCUAUCCAACCACAUACAUCCCUAUACAACCCCAUACAACCCUAUUACAACCCCAUACAUCCCUAUACAACCCUCCUCCAAUGGAACUGAAAACUGUGACUCAGCAUUAUCCUCUCUGAAAUGUAUCUUCACUGUCCCUUUCUUUCUUCAUGUGUCCUCUCCCAGCUGUUACACUGUCCAACUGUGACCUCCCUGAUGGGUCAGUGAGAGGAGUGUGUGUGUGUGUGUGUGUAGGCUUGGAGCAGAGCAGAACAAAAUGUGCUGUAUACAACCCAUCUGGUUCUGAUGGCUUUAGCCUCAGUGCUGUGGCAGGUGUUCCAUAACGUGUGUAAUAAUAAUGUGAUCAGCUUCUCUCAAUGAAACGGACAACUCUGUUGUGACACGGUGUCAUUAAUUAAAGUGUUAUGUCUUACCUCA